AUGCCAAUUAUUAGCCAGAAAAUUCCGAGUUGGAUCGCCUUUUCUGCUGUUUUGGCCGUCUUGGCCGUAAUAACAUAUCAGAUACUCCUUAAGCCAGAAGAUCUAAAAGGCUCCAAAAAUAUUCUUACAAUGGCUACGACCAUUCCCAUCCCUGUUGAUGGACCAGAGAGCCUUGCGUGGGAUCCACAAGGUGAAGGCCCUUACGUCGGCGUCACCGAUGGUCGCAUCCUCAAAUGGCGUGGCCUAGGUCUCGGCUGGGUCGAGUUCGCCUACACAUCACCGCUCAGAGGGAACUGUUCAAAGCAUGAAGUAGUGCCUACUUGUGGAAGGCCAUUGGGAGUUAGGUUCGAGCAGAAAACAGGAGAUUUGUACAUAUGUGAUGGUUACUUUGGUCUCAUGAAGGUUGGGCCCGAGGGAGGCUUGGCCGAGUUAGUUGUGGGAGAGGCCGAGGGUCGGAAGGUAAUGUUCGCUAACCAAAUGGAUGUCGACGAAGAAGAAGAUGUCUUCUACUUCAAUGAUAGCAGUGACAAGUAUCAUUUCAGGGAAAUAUUCUACGUGACUAUAAAUGGCGAGAGGUCGGGAAGAGUGAUUAGAUACAACAAGAAGACGAAAGAGGUCAAAGUUGUCAUGGACAAUCUUCUCUCCAAUAAUGGUCUGGCUUUAAACAAAGAUGGGUCUUUCUUAAUCACCUGUGAGUCUGCCACAGGGGUUGUAUAUCGAUACUGGAUCAAAGGUCCUAAAGCUGGGACCAGCGAUGUCUUCGCCAAGAUUCCAGGUCACCCUGACAACAUCCGCAGGACACCGACGGGGGACUUCUGGCUCGGCUUACAGUGCAAGAACAACCUGAUAGGGAAUUUGCUGGUGUAUAACCAAUGGCUCGGGAAAUUGGCUGAAAAGACAGUGAAUUUGAAGUUGUUGACUGCUUUAUUUAACGGAUUUAAGCCGCAUGGGAUCGCCGUGAAAAUAUCUGGUGAGACCGGAGAGAUACUUGAGAUACUUGAGGACAAAGAAGGGAAGACGAUGAAGUAUGUAAGCGAGGCUUAUGAGAGAGAUGAUGGAAGGAUAUGGUUUGGUUCCGUUUAUAGUCCUUCUGUUUGGGUUCUUGAUAGCAAGUUAGUAACCGCAUAA